AUGAGAACUUCUUCCAACACUUCCAAUACGUACGACUAUAUCGUCACCGGUAGCGGUCCAGGAGGCGGUACAAUCGCCACCAAUCUCGCUCUUGCUGGACACUCCGUUCUGUUGAUCGAGGCUGGAUCAGACGCUUCGUUCGAUAUCCGCACCCAAGUGCUCGCUCUGAAUGACUACUCCAACACGAAUGUAGCGUGGCAUUUCUUCGUCAAGCAUAGUGAUGACGAGGAGAGAUUGAAUAGUGCCGAAUUGAUGCGGAAAUACUUUGAGAAAAUCGAGUACAACAACUAUCUCGAACCCGGUACUCCUGGCCACGGCUUUACAGGCUGGCUCCAGACGAACAUCGCUGAUCGAGCUACCCAUGCGGCUGAAGCACUCCGCUUCAAGGUCUUUCAAGCUGGAUUGAAAUUGGUCGGGAAAGAUCCAGAAAAGGUACUGGACUAUCUCACCAGCGACGCGAACUAUCUUGAUCCAAUGCGUGACCAGACAGAGGGUCUGUCGUCACUGCCAUUCCAUGUCACACCCAACUGGAAGCGCUUCAGCCCACGCGACCGUAUCUUGGAAUUGCGCAACCUAACGACUUCGAAUGGAACGCCGAUGUACCCGCUACAUCUUCAGCUUGAGUCUUUGACCACAAAGGUGCUAUUCGACGAAUGCAGUGGCAAUGGCACAAAGCCGCGAGCAAUUGGGGUUGAAUACUUGCAAGGCAAGUCCGUAUACAAGGCCGACCCACGUCGUAACACUUCCACCACCGGUACACUGCGCCAAGCUUUCGCUCGAAAAGAAGUCAUCGUAGCUGGUGGUGCCUUCAACUCGCCGCAGAUCCUACAGCUCUCUGGUAUCGGGCCCAAAGCCCUUCUUGAGAAGUACAAUAUCCCUGUAAUCUCUAACUUACCGGGUGUGGGUCGCAACCUCCAGGACAACUACGAGGUACCCAUUUACGGGAACGCCCAAAUCAGCUUCGCAAAGACACCUGAUCCCAAUGCACCUAAAUGCACAAACGGAUCACCCGGCGAUCCAUGUAUCGAACUUUGGUACGAUGGCCAAGGACCCUACGCGCGCGGCGGCACAAACUCAAACGCGUUCCUCCUCAAGACAGCCCAUGCGGUCGAAGGCGAAAGGGACGAGCUGAUGUUCGGCUUCACGGGUGGCUCCUUUACAGGCUUUGCGCCACCAACGUCUCAAAACACCACACGCUACCCUCCUACAACAUUCUCUUGGUCCACCGUUAAGAUUCAUCCCCAGAACACUGCCGGAUAUGUCCAGAUCCGAUCAGCUGACCCGGUAGACACACCGGAAGUGAACCUGAAUUACUUCGCCGAGGGCGCAGAAACAGAUCUAAACGCCAUGCUCGACACUGUUGCUUUCGUCCGUAGAGCAUUUGCUUCCACCGAAGCACCGGUCGGCCCUGUAACACCUGUUUCUCCACCCUGUCCGCCUGCUGAUAUCCUUAAGACGGGCUACUGCCGUGACUUGCAGAUUGAUAAGGAGUGGAUUCACGACCAAGUCUUUGGUCACCAUCCCACAAGCACGAACAAGGUCGGCCCGGAUUCUGAUCCUAUGGCUGUGUUGGACACGAGGCUGAGGGUCAGAGGGGUCGAAGGGCUGCGGGUUGUGGAUGCGAGUGCGUUUCCUAGAUGUCCGGGUGCAUUCCCGGCGGUUAGUACGUUCUUGUUGAGUGAGCGGGCGACGGAUCUGGUGUUGGAGGAUGUGGGCAAGUGGUGA